GUCGCUUUAUGAAGUGUAAACUACCACUUUUUGGUUAUCCUCGAUGCAUUAUGGACAAAAUAUUGAAUUGGUUGGUCAUUAAGUUGUGUGUUCUUAUUACCGUGAGUCAUGUAGCAGUAGCCUUUCCCAGGUUUCAAGAUGUGAUUCCUAAUGGAGAUAAGUUACCACAUCCAUGUAAACCGAAUUACAUAUGGCACGGCGUUGGACAUAGAGCAGACAGAGGGGAGGGCCCACUGAACGAUUUCGGAAAGGAUUUUCUUCGACUUGGAAAGAAGUGGAAUAAAUCUUUAUGCCAGCUUGAUUCUGACAAAGAUGGAAUAAGUAAUGGAGAAGAACUUGGUGACCCUGAUUGUGUUUGGACACCAGAGACGAUUCCGCAGAGACAAAAUAAAAUAAAACAUCCAGGUGUUUGUGAUCCUUGGGAAAGUGAGAAAUGCAAGAAACAAAAUGCAUGGGUGGACUGUGAUAUAGACGAACUCAAAUGUGCAGCCAUUCACGAUGAAAAUGUAAUGAAUAUCACAAUUCGAAUGCCCGAGACCAAGGUACCGAGCACCGAGACAAACUACAUGUGUACUAUGUUUGAUUUACCAAGCGAUGGAGACUUCCACAUGAUUGCCAGUGUACCUUACAUUGUAAACAAUUAUGUCAUGCAUCAUAUGUUGUUGUUUGGGUGUGAAGAUACAGAUGAUGUCAGACAGAUUGAUCCAAAUAAACCUAAGUUAUGUAAGAUGGGAGGAAAAGGUUGCAGUGACAUCAUAGGUGCAUGGACUGUGGGAUCUGCUGGACAGUGUGCUCCAAAAGAGUUUGGAUAUAGAAUUGGUAUGAAGGGAUAUAAACGUGUGCUGCUUCAGGCUCACUGGAAUAACCCAGAGUUGAAAGAGGAUUAUGUCGAUAGCUCUGGUCUUACGCUUUAUUAUACAAGUAAACUUAGACAAAAUGAUGCCGCAGUUAUGAUGGUUGGCAGUAGUAGUUUUGAAUUGCCACCAGGAAGAUCAGAUGUUGAAGUUGUUGGAACAUGCUCUAAAAAAUGUAGCAAAGAAAAAUUAAAAGGUCCCAUUUAUGUCACUGCCGCAAUAAAUCAUAUGCAUUAUUUGGGUAAAAAACAGAAGAUAGAGUUGAUACGUAAUGGCAGAAAAAUUCGGGAUAUUACAAACGAAGAAAAUUUUGAUUAUGAUAAACCAGUCACGCGCAGUUUUAACAUCCCAAUCGAAAUAAAACCUGGAGAUGAACUGAAAACCACCUGUGUGUUUAAAACCACAUCUAAACUUAAUUAUACUCACUUUGGACGAGGUACAAAUGACGAAAUGUGCUUUGGAUUUUUAACAUUUUAUCCUGCAAAGAAUGUGAAACGAAAAUUUUGUACAUCUUGGAAAAGCAUUCCAGUUUGUGAACUUAUAGCACCGAUUGUCAGAGGUUGCCAGUCAACAAAAUUUACAAAUCUAUCAAAUCCAGAAUUUACUGAAAUGAGAAAUGCUGUGAAAGAUCAUUGUUCUACAAACGAUACCUGUUUAGAGAAAUGUGAAGAGCAUCUAACAAUCAUUAACAGUCAUCCAUGCAUGAACGGAGAUGUAGGAAUAUACAUAAAGUACAGAUUAAAAAGGUUAGGUGACUCUAGUGUUACAGAUUUCUAUAAUGGAAUUGAAUCAUGUUCUCUAAAGCAUGCAACUCUUUUAUCCCAACCAAACACAGGGAAUUCGAUCAGUAUUCUUCAGUUUCGCGUUGUAGUCAUUUUUGGUUUUAUUGUCAUGUUUAUCACAUAAAUCAAUGUAAACACAGUUAUCAUGUUUAUCAUAUAAAUCAAUGUAAAUACUGUUAUCAUGUUGAUCAAAUACAUCAAAAUAAACACAGUUAUGUUUAUCACAUACAUGAGUACAUAAAUGUUAACACAGUUAUUGAUAUUUUGCAGCGAGUACAAUACAAUUAUUUGAUCGAACUAUGUUCUUGUAAAUAGUAUUAUGAAACAUUAGAACAUACUCACCCAUUCUCGUCCAAUGAAAAAUCUGUAUGUUCCCUUCUAUGUUUCAUAGUACAUGGCUAUCCAAUAACGAUGUAUAUAUGUCCAUAAUCGUUUUUGUUGCUAUAUACUCAACUUGGGUAAAACUGUACCAAUUUCGUUCUUAUGUAGAAAAUGUAGAAUUGUUAAAUACUGGUUGCAUCUAAUUCAUGACCAACCAAAUAUUGUUUACGAUGUAUAUAAAAUUUUAUGUAUUGAUGCUUCUAAUGACAAAAAAAAUCGGGCAUCCAAUGUAAGAGACCUUUUUUUAGUUUAGGUUUGAGUUAAAUAUGGAUUAACCAAGAUAACACAAAUAUAUCAUUUGACUUUAUUAAAUCUCGUAUCAACGAUCAAUAUUAUCAAUGCUGGUAUGCUAAUAUUAAUGCUAGUAAAAAACUAUCUAUCUAUAAAUGUUUUAAAUUAGAUUUUUGUAUGGAGAAUUAUUUACAAUAUGAUUUUAAUACCAAUAUACUAACCAAAUUACGUAGUGAAAGCUUGAAAUUAUAUUUAGAAACUGGUCGCUAUGACAAUAUUCCUAGAAACAAUCGUAUUUGUAGUUGCUGUAAAAUGAAUAAUAUUGAAGAUGAAUACCAUUUUGUGUUCAUUUGUCCUGCAUAUAGAACACUUAGAUGUAACUUUUUGCCAAAAUAUUAUUGUUCAUGGCCAAAUACACGAAAGCUAAAUUUUUUAUUACAAGCUGGGUCAAAAAGCUUAACUAAGAAACUAUGUAGUUAUCUAAAGGCUGCAUUGAAAUGAAGAUCGCAAAUUAUCAGUUAAUAUAUUGUACACAUGUAUGUGUUGUUAUAGGUUAUCUCUGCAUUAUUUAAUUGUUCUCUGUAUUCUGUCAUAUUUGUCAUAUAUGUAUAUACCUUGUUAUUUUGCUAAAGCAAGUUUGUUGCUAAUGCUAUAAAGAUUUAUUCAUAUAAAAUGCUAUACAUGAA